CGGACGGCAGCGUGGUUUUCCGGGUGUUUCGAAGCUCCGCGGACCCCAAUCUUCAGUUCGUGUUCAAUGUUUGCUUGGCACGUUUGGUUCCCGUUGCGUCGCCGUUGCACUGUCGAUUUCUUGCUAGAAGCCGCGGUCCGUGUCACGCCUUCCGAAAACCGCCGCCGAGGUUGCUCGUAGGUCCGUGCAGCGCCGGUUGAGUGUAUUUACUUACAGCGUACGUUGCGUCCGUGGAUUUCCAUAAAGUUGUGUUUACCUUUCCUGAAAAUAGUUUUCAAAGUGCGUACAAGGUCGCAUCUGGUGUGAUAAGAAUAGCGUGUGCAAACAAGUAGCAUGAGAAAAUAACACCCGCAGAGCCGGGUGGUUACGCGAACUGGAAGUGGAUAAGGUGCACCCAUGAAGCAGACGAAAUUUGCGCUCAGUCGUGAAAAAAUGUUCAGUGAUGAAGUCACUGCGUAAUUGGAAUUUCGUGCCGUUGCAAAGCCAAUCAAAUUUGAAUUUGUGUACUCGUGACCCGUACUCGUUCUUGUUCAUUUCCGUGGACAAUGUGCAACAAGGUGCGCACCCGUACCGCCGUCGGCUCCCUGUGCUCGAGUAACCCUGCCAUCAUGCUCGCCACCAGCGUGGCCCUGGCAUCGGUGGUGUCCCUGUGCUUGGCCGGACCCCAAGGCCACGAGUUAUCGCGAAGAAGAACAAGCAAUGUUUGCGACGAUAACUCUGAUUGCCCCAUGAAUGCAUAUUGCGAGCGAUCGAAUCCGCCAUCGACUGGUAUCUGUUUGUGUCAUAAAGGGUAUAUUAUCAUAUCAGAAAAUGGACAUCGUGAGUGCUUCAAGGCAGCUGCAACUAUUAAUGACGUGUGCACUUAUAAUGAACAGUGUAUGAUAACGUUAAGCACUGAAUCUGAGUGUCUAAACAACAGAUGUCAGUGCAAGGAAGGCACACACUAUGUCCAACGCGAGAACAGUUGUUAUAAAACUUCCAAGAUUGGAGAUUUCUGUAGACUUAAGAAUAAUUGUAUUAUUGACGAGGCUGUGUGCAGAUCAGGUGUAUGCCAAUGCCCUUAUGGAAAGCAUGCAAAUCGUGAUUUUACCCAGUGCAUUAGAAACGUCGACUUGGGUCAGGAAUGUUCUAUUGAUGAAGAAUGUACCGACUUCAAUACACGAUGCCUUGACAUUUGCCGCUGUAAAAUAAGCCACACAAUCAAUAAAGCUGGGAACAAGUGCCUUAAAGUGGCUGAACAUCUACAAGAUGAAUGUGAAGAAGAUCACCAAUGCACAGAGCGUAUUCCCUAUUCAGUGUGUGAUGCGAACUAUACAUGUGGUUGCAAACAAGGCUACCAUCAACACAAUUUUAAAUGUUGGGUGAGCGUUCCAGCCGGUGGGAUAUGUGAGGCCACCGAGAACUGCUUACCAUUUGGGGAGCUGGAUUGCAUAGACGGACGAUGUACAUGUCGCAAUAACCUACAUACAGAAAAUGGACAAUGUUCAUUUGCCGACAAGAAAAAUUUUAGCCAAAGAUAUUUAGCACUGAUAAUAAUAAUUUAUUUAUUUAUAUAAUAUAUAAUCAUACAAAAAAUAUACAAAAUGUUGAUAACAAAAUGCUUGUAACA